CCAGUCUACUGCACCGCCUUCGGAGACUCUGAAGCUUAAUUUGCUAUUCGUCUAAACCUCAGUUUACAAUUUGAACCUCAAGAAAUUCAAUACGUAACGGGGAAAUGAGAUCCUCAAAGCGAGAAGCAGAGAGCAACAGAGGCAUCAAUGGUCACCUCAACACUCUCCAUCAACGUUUCCACCACGCCUUGAGUCUAGGCACCAGACUUUACGGUGAAAACGAAAGGAAAUGGCAGUGCACGGAUAUAGAGAUACAGAGGCACGUGCUUCGCUCAAUUGCUGCUUUUCUUGAUGCUAUUUCGGGAGACAUUUUAAAUAAUCCAUUUAUAAAGGAUUCAGUAGCUGAUAUGGUAGGGGCGUUAGUAUGGAUUCUACAAUGUGAAAAUGGAGCAGUAGUAAGCAUGGCAGCAAAGAUGGUGGUUAAACUGAUUACUAUUAUUCCCUAUACCAUGCUGCAGACAUAUGUGGUGGUUCUUGCCCGUCCCUUAUCAUUGUUGUUAAGAAUUCAUAAUUUAGAAGUCUCAGUUUCAUGUGCCACUGCUUUGAACAUGAUCUUGUCAAAUCUAAAUGCACAGAAGGAGAAAGAAGUUAUCAAGAUACUUGAAGAAACAACAACAGUUUCUCUUAUUGUUUGUAAUAUAAAGGAUUAUUCUGCAACUACUAUGCCAAUUGAGUAUUUCCAGGAGAUGGGUUAUCUUCUAAGUACAGUGAUGUCCCGAUGGCCACCUUCUCGAUAUCUUGUUUGGAAUGAUUGCAUUUUAAUGAAAGUCCUGGAGGAUAUUUGUACCAGACCUGACUUGGGCAUUAAGAUUGUUGUCUUGAAACUGUAUUUUGGUUUAGCUCUAUGUGGUAAUGGGGCCAGGAAGCUUCUAGAAAAUGGAGAACACGUACUAUGGAUGAUGGUUAACUGCAUGGACAGCUCAAAUCUCCUUUCUGUUCGGAUUGAAGGAUUCAAACUUGCACAAUGUUUUGCGGCAGAUGAACAAUCAUGCUUGAAAAUGAUAAGCAUGUGUUGUGAGCCUAUAGUAAAAUCAAUAGUACAUGGAAUGAGUGGAUCGACCUUACAGUGUGGAAAAAUUGCGAAUGACCAUUUGGCUUUGCUAAGGGAAGCUUGUAAAUUGGCUCUAAUCACUCGUUGGGCAGGAGAACAUCAUAUUUAUUUUUGGAAGAAUGGGAUUUGCAGGGUGCUUCUUAAUCUUCUACGAAAAAAUGUACAAGAUAAACCAUUUGAAUGCUCCUUGUCGCUUGAAGAACAUAUGUGUUUUGUAAAAAAGCUCCUUGAUGAGAAUCAUCUUCUUGUUCUGAGGCCAUUCAUUUGGGACAUUCUUGGAUGGCUAGCAAUGCAUGGUGGAGAAGAUUUCAAUCCUGGAUUGUAUGAAAAUGAACUCCAUAUUGACACCCUGAUAACUUGUGCAUGCUUGUCCUUUUUGGAAUCAAUUCAGAAACGACACCAAAUAUAUCAAAAUGAUAUCCUUAAUAGCUCCAGGAGUGAAUCAGCUUCAAGGGCUGUUUUGAUGAUGAUGUAUUCUCCGUGCAAAUACAUUGCAUCUAAGGUCAGGCACAUGUUAUCUGAAGUUCUGAAGCCAAAUGGCAAGCAAUAUGUGAAACCUUUGCUGCAUUUCCUUGAGUAUUCAUCAUCCAGGGACAAUUUUGCGUUGUCGAAUAUGCUUCAAGCUGUCAUAAACCUGACAGCUGUUACAUGUUAUUCAGGCUUGCCAGGGUAUCUAAUGUCUCUUGUUGAAAAUGAAGGAAUGAAGACACUAUUGUCCUUUAUAAAGUGGUGCUUGUGCAAUCAAGUGCAUAUAGGAAGGUCAAGUUUUGCGUCUCAUAUCCAAAAUAUUUUUGGCGAGAAGGGUUGUUGUUGGGUCCUAGAGGAUUGGGAAGGCAAAGAUAUCCUUUUGUUUUAUGGCUUGUGGGCACUGUUUGGGUUGGUAUGUAAUUCUUAUACUGAAAAGAAUCAUACAGAAAUAGUUUCUGUGGAGACAAAUAAAUUAGAAUCUCAGUUAGUUGGCACACUCCAGGAGAUCUGCAACAAAGUUUCUUCUCCUGGACCAAGAUGGUAUGCAGCACAUAUCCUCGCCUACUUUGGAUUCUAUGGUUUUCAAAGUAAAUUUGGGGAAAAAAUUGGCAAAGCACUUAAAGAGAAAGAAUUCGCAGAUAUGCAAUUUGUUUUUGCAAAUGGACAUCUUUUGAAUGUUCACAAAGUUGUGCUUGCUGUCCAAUGCCCAUCAUUGCUGCCUCCUGAACAAUUGCCCUCUGAAAAGAAGACAUCUAGCUAUUCUUCUGUAGGAAAUGAUACAAAGAAACUGUGUGGGAACAUUUCAGGGAAGUUCGUAUGUCUGCCCCGUGUUGACCAGCAGGUGCUGCUGAAGUUGUUGGAAUAUAUUUACAGGGGUUAUGUGGAAGUAGAAGAAGACCUUGUGAUGAAGUUGAAAAGUUUAUCAAGACAUUGUAAUUUGCAUUCUUUGCUGCAAUUGUUAUGCCAUAAGAGUGUAAAAUGGGGUUCUCCUAUUCCCAGCUCUGAGCUUGCUCUUGCUCUUAGUCCAGUUGGGCGUCAUUUUUCCGACAUUAUUUUGGAAGCCAACUCGACUGAGCUGAUGCACUGGACUUGCAGUAUUUGUUCGUUGUUAGAGCCACAUAUGCAUGUGCACAAGGUUAUAUUGUGGUCAAGUUGUGAUUAUCUGCGGGCCAUAUUUCGAUCAGGGAUGCAGGAAAGCCAUUCACAAAUCCUAAGGGUCCCUAUCAGUUGGGAAGCUAUGAUUAAACUGGUGAACUGGUUCUACACAGAUCAGCUACCAAAUCCGCCAUCUGGAUGUUUAUGGGAUAAUAUGGAUAACAACAGAAGGCUAUGCGAGAUGAAACCAUAUAUAGAGCUUUAUUGGCUUUCUGAAUUCUGGAUUUUGGAAGAUGUGCAGGAUGCAUGUUCUAGGAUUAUUGGGUCUUGUUUGGAAUCUACAAAAGAAUUGUCUGUUAAAGUUAUCCAAAUGGCUGCUAACUUUUCUCUAUGGGAACUAGCAAAAGUUGCAGCAGAUUACAUGGCUCCUUUAUACCAUAAGUUAAGGGAGACUGGUGAUCUUGAAGAGCUGGAUGAAAUGCUAGUUAACAUGGUUCGUUCAGCUUCUGUUAGACUAUCUCAAGAUGGCAAUAACUAUUCAAGAUAGUCGAGGAUAGUUUUGAUGAUCCAAGAGAUUGAUGAUGUUGGAACCUCUUGAAAUAGAUACUUAUAAAGCUUGGUAUCGAGAUCAUAAGUGAUAUGUGAUAAGAAGCCAGCCAUUAUUAGCAAGCUGAGACUUUUUGAAAUAAAUUAUUAGCAAGCUUAAAUUGUCAUACCCCAAAUGUAGAUUCUGAUUUGGAGUGUAACUAAACAAAUGGAAUAUUAAAAUUACAUUCAAAGCACAUAAAACAAGGAUAUGACAGAAGGUAAAACUAAACCAUUAAUAUAAUGUCUAAGUUUUGUGAAACAGGUCACAAAUGCUUUAUGGUAUCAUAGGAGACUUAACCUUCCUACAUGGUCUUCAAGAAAGAGAAGAAAAAAAAUACAACUAACAAACUCUUAGAGACCCUAAAGUCUUCUUGGAUUGGCAAUCCUAUCAACACCUUAAAACUUUGCCUCCAAGUCUUCUCUUCAUGUCCUAAUACUCAUUUGUCUGAAAUGGUUAUGAAGAUAAUGAGAUACACAUAUUUCACAAAGAUGAAUGAUCAUCAUGCAACAGAUACACUUUCACCAUUAUCAUGAAAGGUACAAGAUAGUUCCCAAAGGGUUGUACUCUUCCUGAUAUUAUGAAUAGCCACAUAAUUUCAAAAAUGGUCGGAUUCCCUCCAUGAAAUGGAUGGGCACAUCAGAUUCUUUUCAUAAUAUAGAUGGACAUAAACAGAUUCUCUCCAUAAUAAUGAUGAACACAAAUCAGAAUUAUACAUCACCUAAUUUCUCAAAAGUUCAGACGUCAACUUGAGCAAACACAUGGUCAUAUUAUUUAAAAAGAAUCAUCUAAAUAAAUAAUUAAGUAGAAGGAAUAUCAAGAAAAACCAAUGCAAAUCAUGUUAUAUUAGGUUACUUACCUUAAAUUGAGGAAAUUGAAGUAUUUUGAGCUUUGUUAAUUUUAAAUUAGGAGCCAAAAAACAAAAACAUAGAGGACCUCUUCAAAAUCUCAAGUUCUCUCCUCUAGCCCCUUCUAGAAACGUGUUUUGAUUAUUUAUAAGUUCUCUCUUCUAGCCCCUUCUAAAAAUGCCGUUUGAUUAUUUAUAUCUCCUUUUAAAGUUGUUAAGCAACCCAUGAGAAGAGCUAAAAUGGCAAGCAGUUCCUGGACACCCCAGAAAAUGACACAUACCACAAGGUGUCAUAAAUUUGUCGAAAAAAUGAAACCUAGCUGCGAGGUGCCACAAAAUUGAUAAAGAAAAUAAUACCUAAUCAUAAGGUGUUGUAAAUUUUUUAAGAAAAUGACAUCUACCCAUAAGGUGUCGUAAAGUUUGUCAAGAAACAAACAUCUAGCUAUUUUCUUGACAAACUUUGUGGUACUUCUUGGUUAGGUGUCAUUUUCUUGACAAAUUUUAUGACAUCUCAUGGAUAGGUGUCGGUCUCUUGACAAAUUUACAGGAUCUUGUGGUUAGGUGUCAUUUUCUUGACAAAAUUUGUGACACCUUAUAAUUAGUGUUAUUUUCUUGACAAAUUUACGACAUAUCAUGGUUAUGUGUCAUUUUUCUGGGGCAUCGAAAAGUGGUUGCCAUUUUAGCUCUUCUCAUGAGCUGCUUAACAACUACAAAAGGAAAUAUAAAUAAGAAAAACUCGUUUUUAGAAGGGGCUGGAGGAGAGAAUUUGAGGUUUUGAAGAGUUCCUCUUUGCUUUUGUUGUUCUGCUACUGAUUUAAGGUUAACAAAGCUCGACAUUUUAAUUUCCUCAAUUUAAGUUAAGCCACCUAUAAUAGCAUGAUUUGCAUUGGUUUUUCUUGUAUUGCUCGUACUUAAUUCUUUAUUUAGAUGAUUUUUUUUAAGUAGUAUAGCCAUGUGCUUGCUCAAGUUAAUGUUUGGACUUUUGAGAAAUUCAGUGAUAUUUAAUUCUGAUUUGUGUUCGCCAUUAUUAUGGAGGGAGUUCAUUUUUGCCGAUCUAUAUUAUGAAAGGUGUCUGUUGUGCCUAUCCAUUUUAUGGAGGAAGUUUGACCCUUUUCGGAAAUUAUGUGCCUAUUUAUAAUAUUAGAAGUAGUCAGACCUUUUGGAAACCAUCUUAUGUCUUCCAUGAUAUUGGUGAAAGUGUGGCUUGUUUAUAUGAUGCUCAUUGAUCUUUGGAAAA